AUGCACUGGUCAAUGAACACACUGCCCUUGCCUCAAUAUGUUGAACUGGGUGUCCAUUCACUGAGCGGCCUUCUGUGGACCCUACUGCUCUUGUUUCUUUGGCACUGUUAUCGGAUGGGGUCCGAUCUGCCAAUCCCAGGCCAUGCACAUGCUGGAAAGCUCAAGUCAGGCUUACGGCGGUCCAUGAUGUCCCGUGGCGGUAGCUGCGCUGGAACGAAGUGUAGUGCACGGUCCAAACUAUUGAGGAGUGAUCAAAUUACUCCCUUUAUUUCCAUGGAAACAGAGGAGGAUGAGGAGCAAGGACAGGGCUACCUCACCCCAGUGCUGAGUCAUGCCUUGUUUCCAGCCCAGGCAUCUGCAGAAGCCAAGAAACUCUAUGGAGCACUGCAAGAGUAUGCUAAGCGCUAUAGUUGGGUGGGCAUGGGCCGCAUUCAUAAGGGCCUCCAUGAGCAGGUCAGACUGAAUGAUCACUCUGCUAUACAGAAGCCUCAUCUUUUCUUCCUGCCAGAUGUGCCAAGUGUUCCUUUCUUCCCACGUGAUGCUCAUCGGCAUGACAUUGAGGUCUUGGAAGCCAACUAUCCUGUGAUCUUGGCUGAGUUUCAAGCUGUUUAUCAGAGGGGCAUCGACUCAAAAUCAGGCUGGACGUGUCUGGGACCAAAGGGCCAGGCAGUGUUUUCUUUGUACAGCGCAGGUAUCUGUGUGGCGGGAAAUUGUCGCUCCUGUCCCUGCACGUACCGGACGCUGCUCUCUCUUCGUACAUUUAUAAGUAGCAACUCAUUGGGAUCUGCUGGAUUUUGGCUGCUGGGACCCGGUGCUACAUUGGGGAGUUCAUAUGGACCCACCAAUACUCGUCUACGUUGCCAUCUAGGUCUGCAAACUCCACCUCUGUGUGAGCUGGUGGUGGGAGGAGAGCCUCAGUGCUGGUCAGAGGGACACUGCCUUCUGGUUGAUGACUCGUUUCUUCACACUGUCUCCCACAUGGGGCCUCCAGAUGCUAGACCCCGAGUCAUUCUGAGUGUGGACCUCUGGCAUCCAAAUGUGGCUGCAGCAGAGAGACAAGCUUUGGACUUCAUGUUCAGCCCUGACCUUUAA